CUGUUUCAUAUUUUCCACGCCCCCUUCGUUUCCGAACCCAAACCUGGAGACCGCUGUCAUCUGAAACUCUUGCUUCUUAUGGUGCUGGCUUUCCCUCUUAACCGCCCUCCUUCAGCUGCCUUACCUUCGUUUCGCUCCUGGUGGCGUUUCUCCCUCAUCUGAGAGGAAUGGCCCGGCUGUCCGUGCGGCUGCUCUGCCCCGCUGCUCUGCUGGCUCUGGCGGCGCUCGGGGCCGUUGCGGUCGCGGGCGGCGACGUGCUCGAGCUCGGGGACGCGGACUUCGACGGCGCGGUGGCUCAGCACGAGACCGUGCUCGUGGAGUUCUUCGCCCCCUGGUGUGGUCACUGUCAGAAAUUAGCACCAGAGUACGAAGAGGCAGCCACCAGACUGAAGGGAGCAGUGCCGCUAGCUAAGGUGGACUGCACAGCCCACUCGGAGACCUGCAGCAGGUUCGGGGUGAACGGGUACCCCACCCUCAAGAUCUUCCGGAACGGGCAGGAGUCCUCGGCCUACGACGGGCCGCGCACAGCAGACGGCAUCGUCAGCUACAUGAAGAAGCAGGCCGGGCCCAGCUCGGUGGAGCUCAGGACCGAGGAGGACCUGGACUCCUUCGUCAGCCACUUCGACGGCAGUGUGGUGGGCUUCUUCCUGGGGCCGGAGAGCGCUGACCUGGCCGAAUUCCUGCGGGCGGCCAGCUCCAUGAGAGACAGCUACCGAUUCGCCCACACCAGCGCCGAGAGCCUGCGGCAGAGGCACGGCGUGCAGGGCGAGGCGGUGCUGCUGUUCCGGGCCCCGCAGCUGGCCAGCAAGUUCGAGGAGAGCGUGGUGAGGCACCGCGGCGCCGUCCGCCCUGACGCCCUGCGCAGGUUCAUCCGGGAGAACAUAUUCGGAAUGUGCCCUCACCUGACCCACGAGAACAGGGAGCAGCUGAUGAGGCAGGACCUGCUGACCGCUUUCUAUGAGCUGGACUACCUGCGCAACCCCAAGGGCUCCAACUACUGGCGGAACAGGGUGAUGAUGGUGGCGUCUCGCUUCGCGGGGCGCGGCCUGAGCUUCGCCGUGGCGGACCGCCGGGACUUUCCCGACGAGCUGGAGGAGUUCGGCCUGGAGGGCGCGGAGGGGGAGCUGCCGGUGGCGGCCGUGCGCACCGUGCUGGGGCAGAAAUACGUCAUGCGAGAGGAGUUCACGCGCGACGGGAAGGCUCUGGAGAGGUUCCUGGAGGAUUACUUUGCCGGGAGGCUGAAGCGCUACCUCAAGUCGGAGCCCGUUCCCGAGAGCAACGACGGUCCAGUCAAGGUGGUGGUAGCGGAGACCUUUGACGAGAUCGUGAACGACGCCUCCAAGGACGUUCUGAUCGAGUUCUACGCUCCCUGGUGUGGACACUGCAAGAACCUGGAGCCCAGAUACACUGAGCUGGGCCAGCAGCUGUCUGGGGACCCCAAUAUCGUGAUCGCCAAGAUGGACGCCACCGCCAAUGACGUCCCGGAAGGCUACGACAUUCAGGGAUUUCCCACCAUCUACUUUGCCCCAGUGGGCCAGAAGGCCGCCCCCAGGAGAUACGAGGGCCGGCGGGACGUGAAGGAUUUCCUCGAGUACCUGAAGAGGGAGGCGAGCCACGCACCUGUCCUGCACGGAGCGAGGGAGGACCUGUGAGGAGGAGGAGAGAGAUGGAAAACAGCAGGGGGGGAGAAAUGAGGGGAACGAGA